GCGCUGCUGGUUCAAAUUGACUCAGCCAGCAGGAGCAGGGACACAAUGGAGGAGAGAUCACGGUGCGGACUCACUGCUGACAGACUUGUGUGAGUGUUUCGCCGUGCGGCUGUAACCGGAACGGAGAUUACAAAGAGUUUGGGAUAGUCUCGUUUGUUUGUCCACUGUUCGUGCCAGUGAAAGAAACGGCAUUCGGACAAUUGAGCUGCAUCACACAAGAGGUCAUCAUGCCUCCCACGACCCCUUAUGCCGGAAAGUUCAACUCUUACAGCAACAACAACAACCACCCUCAGCCUCACAGCCCGUACCGCAACGGCACUGUCCCAAAGCCCGCGAAGGAAAACGUCUACAACAGCGCCUAUUCCUCCGCAGAAAACCCCUACGACAUACCACAGCGUCACAGUUCGUACCGCAGCUCCUCGGUCUCCUCUUCGACCACGAAGGAGCACCAUUACAACAGCACCUAUGCCGUGUCGGAGAACCCUUACUCCUCACCGCAGCCCCACAGCCCGAGACAGCAUAGCACUUCCUGUCCUGGACGCGCGUACCGCCACACCAGCGGCAGCAGCGGCGGCAGUAGCGAGCAGUCGUGUCGCAACAACUCCAUCACAGCAAAAGGCCGGAUUUACCCACACGGUGUCACCGCUAGCUAUGGCGAGAUGUGUUACCAUGACAACAGUUUGGUUUCAGCAUCCCUUGAGGCACUGAUCCAGCACCUGGUUCCCACAGUCGACUACUACCCCGAUAGGUCGUACGUGUUCACCUUCCUGCUGAGUUCACGCCUCUUCCUGCACCCGUACGAGCUCAUGACGAGGGUUUGUCACCUGUGUGUGGAGCAGCAGCGGUCCGGAGAUGCCCUGCUGGAUAAGAUCCGUUUCCGUGAGGUGGCGCCCAAGCUGGUGCAGCUGCUGACCGAAUGGACGGAGACGUUUCCGUACGACUUCAGGGACGAGAGGAUGAUGCGAUGCCUGAAGGACAUGACGCACCACGUAGCCCGAGGAGAUGAGUACUCUUGGCGAGCCAUGCAGCAGAUGACCCAGCGGCUGAUCAAACGCCUCUCUGCCCUCGGCCAGUACGAGGAGGCUGUAGCUGCGCUCAACACCGUGGCAAUGGAGCGGCCCGCUUCCCUGAAAAGCAAACAGGCCUCGGGUCAGCGAAGCGACGUGAUGAGCGUGUGUGAGGACGCCUUCAUCCUCGCCCAGCAGCUCACACACAUCGAACUGGACAGACUGAGCUUUAUUGGCCCUGAGGAGUUCAUCCAGACAUUCGCCAUGAAGGAUCCUCUGGAGAACCAUAAGGGUUUCUUCCGGAAGCGUAAAACCAGCAACCUGGAGGCCUACAUCAACUGGUUCAACAGACUGAGUUACUUGGUGGCCACUGAGAUCUGUAUGCCGGUGAAGAAGAAACACCGAGCACGGAUCAUCGAGUUCUUCAUAGACGUGGCUCAGGAGUGUUUCAACAUCGGCAACUUCAACUCCCUCAUGGCCAUCAUCACUGGGAUGAACAUGAGUCCUGUUUCCAGACUGAAGAAGACCUGGAGUAAAGUCAACACUGACAAGUUUGAAAUACUGGAGCACCAAAUGGACCCCUCGAGUAACUUCAGCAACUAUCGCACUGCGCUCCGUGGCGCCACCCAGAGGUCUGAGACGGCACACAGCAGUCAAGAGAAGAUUGUGAUUCCUUUCUUCAGCCUCCUGAUCAAAGACAUCUACUUCCUGAAUGAAGGCUGUGCCAGCAGGCUGCCCAAUGGACACAUCAACUUUGAGAAACUGUGGGAGCUUGCAAAGCAAGUGAGCGAGUUCCUGGUGUGGCGUCAGGUGAUUUGUCCAUUCGACAGAGACCGCCGCGUCCUCCAGUACCUCGUCACCACACCUGUCUUCAGCGAAGACGAAUUGCACCUGGCCUCGUAUGAGAGUGAAGGACCUGAGAACAACAUGGAGAAAGACAGUCGCAGGUCUCUUCGAUCUUCCCUCCUGCAUCGAGAGAAUCGGUCCUAAGCGAUGUGAAGAUAAGGAGAUAUGACAAUCCCCUCUGCUCUGUGCUCUACAGACUGUACAUAAACGAGGUGUUUUAAAACUACAGGUUCCUCCAUGUUAUCAUAUGGACACGCUCUUACAUACUAAUGGCCAAAGUUAAGGUCUUGGACCUGAUACUGAUACAGGACAAUAAAUGCAGCAGGGAAUCCUGUAUAUUGUCAUGGAUGAACAGAGUAUAUUACAAAAUGUGGGCACUGAGCUCUCGAGGAUCAUACAUCAGAGAGUCCUUGAUGAGGUCCAUCCGGUGCCAAAGCUCCUCAAUACUGCAGUUAUUAUUAUAACACUCUGCCUUGCAAGCACUCAUGGCCCGAAAUCAUCAAUCAUUCCCAAGACGAGCUCAGAUUACCUGAUUUGGAUCAUCUUCUUCAACAUUAGCUCUGGCCAAGGCUCUUAGAGGAAGAACAUGUAUGGAUUUUGUUUAUAUCUCCACCGAGCCUUCAUCAUGGCGGCCUCACUUUGUGGAAGGACUCAUGCUAUGGAGGCACAAAGGGAAGGACCAAUUUUGCCUCCAAAUGAGACACGUAUGGACCCAAUACUGCAACAUUAGCACUGCUCCUCUGCUGUGUUGAGUCAAAAACCACAGAGAGAGAUAGAGAGAAGAGAUCCACUCUGAAAGGACGAGUUGAUUGUCAUCGAUUUGUAUUAUAAGUAGCCGGCUAACAACUGCUUUCAAAAGUGGCGUUGGCGGCAGUGUUGUUUUGUUGAGUGCAUGAUUUUUAACGAGAGCAUCUUGACAGCAAACGCUCCACAUCCAGCCUAUUUGCUCCCAGUUUGCACCGAUAUCACGCAGUCACGCGAGCCUCUUUUUUCAUUUAAACGCAAGUCGAUCCAUCAGCUACAUAUUACCAAACACAUUUACAGACAGUUUUCAACAAUCAUGCUAUUUGGUUCUAAACAUUUUGUGGUGUGUGCACUUUGGUGAUGCAGAAUUGUGCUAAUCGUGCAAGUUGAAUCAAAUGCACUUCAGUGGGUUAGGUGUGUUGUAUUAUAGGAUGUGGUGACUCCUAUUUUAAGGCGUCUUUCUAUACAGUAUUAUGUUGUAUUUUGUAUCAGAAGGUUUUAAAAAAUAAAUGUUUUUCUGUGUGUACAUUUGCUGAAGUUUCUCAGUGAGCUUGUUGCUGGUUGGCUGGCUCUGCUUUGGUAAGCUAUUUUGUUAAUACAACACCAGUUAUGACAAGGAAGUGUAUAUGAGUCUGAGUGAAGCACAAAUCGACGUGUGUGUGCGCAGCUUCAACAGGAUCCUCGUCCUCCUCCUCUUCAUCUCAUCUGUGAUGAUGUGAGUGUGAUGUGAUCCUUUAAAAUCUGCCAGUGAAUGAAAGUGAUGUGAUUUGUAUGUUGUUGUUUUUUGAAAAAGCUCAUUUUUGUGUUGACAUGUGUUCAUUUUAUAAGUGUUUACCCAUGUAUGCUUUUUUCUAUCCUUUUUUCCCCCGUGUAUCAUCUGUGUUACCGGUCAGGGUACUUGUACUGAAGGUCUUUUGUGAAAAGAGAAUUAUAUUUUUUUCUUUCAAAUAAACAGAAUAACUGAA